AUGCAAUAUAUUCAGUUGUGUAUGUCUAAGAAUUUCGUGAAGCGCCGUCCGCUAAGCAACUUGACUGGCUUUGGAUAUCACGCUGUGUGCAUUUGCCUAUCAACUAUUUUCUUGCAGUCGCUGACUGCGUCAUUCCCACUCUCCUUUCUCAGCAGGUUAAGCCUCGCGGAUUACUUCUCUUGGAGUUACGAGUCUGAUGUGGAUCUGCAUCUACACAACUUGUCAGUGCAACGUGUGCGAUAUUGGGAUGUGCAGAAAUCAUUGGAAGGUGGAAAUAGAGAAGAUUUCGCAUGCAAGCCUCUGCUAGACUCACUUAUUACUACGACCACCGGACCUUCGUCGGCGGAGAUCUCCGCUGUAGUGGUCACUUGGGAAGACCAUCCACUGGCUGCUCAAAUGCGAUCGCAACAUACACGACUAAAAUCAGAUAUAUUGGAGAGUAAAUCAACAGACACAAUAGACAAUUCAGCAGUGUAUUAUUACGAAGUGCAGAUCUGGGUACCAGGAUGGGGGCUUGAUGCAUUAUGGAAUCCGGCUAACAAUUUAGUAGUUACAAAAGACCCAUUCUUGGUCCUACAAAACAUACCGACCGAGUAUGAAGUCAAAUAUCGCGUGAGGAUAAAACUCAGGCAAACAGAAAAAAGUCUUUCUGAACUCCUGCCUUCAAUUGACUUUCUUUCUGUUGAGACGGAUGGACCAUGGAGUGACGUCGUAACGCUUUCACCGACAAGAAAAGAUGAAGUUAAAGAAAUUGUGGCACACUUGGCUGGCAACAAGUUACUGCUUGUGCUGCUUACGGUGUGUAUUGGGUCAGGCUGCAUUGUGAUAAUACAAUUGUAUUUCCGACAGUCCCAUCGGCAGCAACAAGUUUCUAAGAUGGAUUCGAGUCCACGCAUACAAUUUAGAAAAAAUCAAAAGAUUACGGAGACUGACGUAGAUAUUGACCUCGGCAAGUCAAUUCCAGAGCUAAUUCGCGAUCUUUGCGACCUUCGUCAGGAGUUGGCGGAUUCUGAAGAUGAAGUGCGAAAGCUAAUGCUACUUAGCGGAUACGGAAUCGAGUCGUUGUCACUGCCUGAGUUGAAGCAGCUUGAAUGCAGAUUAAAGCACACCCUCGAGCGCAUUUCAUUUCUUAAAUUGAUUAAGCAGCGCCGGCGAUAG